CCGAAUGACCUGCCCGGGCUGCAUGGCUCCUGGAUGGCAAGGGCUUCUCAACUUCCUGCCAUGGAAACCCAUGAUCUCGUUCCAAGGAAAUCUGCAUUUUCUGAAGAAAACCAGCCACCAGCCUCUGUGCCAAGCUCAGGCUGAGAGGGGGAGACUGAAGGAGGAAGUAAAUGGAGCGGGACUAAGGCUGGCAGCUGGCUCCUGGCCCUGGGGUGCAUGGCCAUGGGGUCAAUACCGCAAGGGACCCAGCUGUGCAUUUCCAGGCAUCCAAGAGACCCCAGAAGUAGAGACAAACCCCAGGACCGAGGUUGAGGUCUGCCUGGAUGCCACCCCUGCAGACCUGUUGCCCUCCAGGUUAGACACUGGCUUGCAGAGGAGGGAGGUGGGGGGCACGUCACCAACCCUCUGUCUCUCCCCCACUGUGAAGUUAACUGCGUGUGAAGCAAAACACGCUGGUCCCGAGCCAGCUGUCGGUGACCGCGCCGGCAACCUGAGGGGAAGGCCAGACAGGAGCAGCGAGCAGCUGAGGGGCAGCAUGCGGGCAUCCCGCUUCUGUGACCAGCCGGACAGACUAUGCCCUGGCACCCAGCUUCCAACAUUUCGAGGCCUGGGAAGUCCUAAUGCAGAGUUGCAGCCUUGGUCUCUCGUUUCGCGCCCACCGAUGGACCUGUCCUACGUCAGUGCGUCUAGUCCAUGCAGCUGCCAUGUGCUGGCUUCAAAGAGCAACAUCCCUGUCCUUGGAGUUGUGCAGAGGGGUCAAGCACGGGGAACCACAGGGCUUGCGGCUGGAGCGUCACAUCGUGCUCACGGCUCUUCCAGCUCCAGCUGUGACCUCCCCAAAGCCAGCGGCACAGAUCUCCAGAGACACGGGGACGAGUGGCAGAAGCCCCUUUAAUAUCCCUGAAUGGCAUUACAAGUAAUACUGCAGGUGGCCGGCUCUCAGUAGACUUGUCUGGCUGCAAUGUGUCCAAUACAAAACCUGGCAGAAAAAUCAAUCAUGCACAGAAAAUUAUUGCUGUAGGAGUUCCUAUUUACAAUAUAAACAUGGAGCAGGGCCCCAGGGCGCCCUUGCUGUCCCCAGGGCAAGCAGCAGGGAGAGCUGGCUACGGGGCGGGGGGGUGUCCAACUCCUGCCCCCAGAGGACGAUGAGUUUUGCUUAGGACAAGGGGGAUAGCACAGGGACAGGGUAGA